AAAAGCUCAGUUGUAGAUGGGCGCUUCGUUGGAGCUGUUGUGCCUUAGAUUUUAAUAGGCACUCUGCUCCCCAACUUCAACGAGAGGAACUUUAUCUCAUCCCCAAUCGACUAUUAUUCUAGCACAUUUAAUCAAUCACCCUAUAUACAACAAACUCUUGAUUAUAGGAAUAAUCUCCUGUUCGGAAUGUCAGCCUCAACUCCACCUCCUCCCUCAACUGCUCCAGUUUCGACCGGAAAGGGUCUUCAUUCCAGGGCAUAUAAUGGACUUAUUGGUGCCUGUGAUAAAUAUGUGCCUGCCAAAAUGCGACCACUAUGGAUGCACCCAGCAGGUCCCAAGACAAUAUUCUUUUGGGCACCUCUCGUUAAAUGGAGCCUCGUUAUCGCUGGCCUAAGUGAUUUGACGCGUCCUGCGGACAUGAUUUCACCCAACGGAUGUCUGGCUCUUGGCGCCACGAACCUCAUUUGGACUCGCUACUCCCUGGUUAUCAUACCAAAGAACUAUAGCUUAUUUGCAGUGAAUCUCUUUGUGAGUCUGACGCAGCUCUUCCAGUUGGGAAGGGCCUAUAACUACAGAUGGGAGCAAUCGAAGCUGGAGAAGAAUGGCGCGGAAAACCAAAAUCCAUUGAAGCUAGUUUGUAGUAGACAAUGUAUGCAUUUUUUAGAUUUCUUUAAAAUAAAGAAAAUUAUUUUCUAGUCUAAAUUAAA